AUGGGCGGGGACGGCAUAAGCGACGAGAAUGCCAUGCUCGUGACCGAAGGCUACGGCCCCGUCGUGACUAGCCCCGUACACGCCGCUUUCGUGGGGGCGCGGAAACACACCAAUAACACGGCGGAGCUGUCAGCGCUUGCGGAGCUCUUUCGCUCACUACUCCACACGGCACCACGACCAGCAGGCUCACGAGGGGUGGUCCGAACGGACAGCGAGUACGCGAUGGCGUCGUCGAGGCACGAAGUGACAUGGAGACACGUCAAGGGGCACAGUGGUCAUAAGUGGAACGACUACGUCGAUAAACAAGCUGACCUCGGCAGGAGCGGCGCGAGGGAUUGCGGCGCGCCGGAGUGGCAGGACGGGUCUGUCCCAACAGACGCAGACGACGGGGAGAGCAGCACCGUGGGCGACGACAUGCCUAUCAACGGAGGAGCAACAACCAUCCCACUCGACGACAUCGGUGAUGGGGCCUCUAGCUACGCCGAUGACCCACCCGACUCCCCCGAAAACGAACCGCCGCCUAGCGCCCCGCCCUCGUCGCCUAAAGCCCCCAUCGUGGAGCAGGGGAUGAUAUGGAUUUCAUACACGCCGAGCGCGCAGGCGCGACACAUCGGAGACAACAAGGGGAUCCGGCGUGAAAGAGCUAUCGACAUUGACGUCGACCCAGCCGAUUCCACCGAUGUCGACGUCAUCACCUCCGCGGCCACCGCGCUUUCGCUCGACGACACCGUGGAGAAUCGCACCGAGGACCUUGCCGAGGCGAUGGGCCGGAUCACUUUGGACCCCGACCCCGCCCCCACCCCUCGGGGUGGGGGCACCCGCCCCUGUCGGGCGCCGCUUGCGGCGCCUGGCAGGGGCACCCCCUGGAAAAGGGCUCCGAGCCCUGUCUCGCGCACGCCCCUGGCGGGCGCCGCGGACCAGUUCCGCGAGCGCUCGUCAGCGGGUGGUUGCGAGCCGCUCGCGGCUCGUACGCCCGCUUGCGGGUUCGAGUGGCGGGCCAUCCCGCUUGCGGGAUGGUUUAGCGGGUUCGAGCCGUCACACAUUGGCUGCCGGGGUGACGUAUCGGCGCUCUCGGGCACCAAACGCGUCGUGGAGAAUGUUGGCGUGGUCUCCUGGAAGCGCAGCGAGGCGGGCACGUCCGGGGUUCUCGAGGUUGAUGUCUUCUCUUGCCGUCACGUCUCGACGCGGCACAACCACAAGUAG